AUGACCUCAACAGACGCGUCGUCCAAGUCUUCGGACCCUGUCCCCCAUUCUUCCACUGCGGAUUCUUCGCCGAUGUUUGAUCUUGUCUGUAUCGGCUUUGGCGCAGCUCAAUUAGCGACUGCCAUUGCAAAUCGAGAAGCUCGAAACCCCUCCAAAGUGCUUUUCAUUGAGCGGAAUUCGACCUUCACAUGGCACUCAGGACCGCACAUGCCAAGGACACGGAUGGAGACUCCAUUCAUGUAUGAUCUCGCAACACUCCGAAACCCAAGGACCGCAUUCAGCUACGUCAACUAUCUACUCACGCGGAAACGUCUGAUCGAAUUCGCAAACUCGGACCACCUCAACCCACUGCGAGAGGAGUUUGAGGACUACCUGAAGUGGUGCGCUGAGCAGUUCAAGGGCCAAGUUCAAUAUGGCAGCGAAGUCGUCGGGGUAGUCCCAGAAACCGAGGCAAACGUUGUGAGAGGCUGGAAGAUCGCUGUAAAGAAUGGCGAUGGCAAAACCCAUGUGGUGCGGGCGAGAAGCAUCGUGGCACCCUCCCAAUCAAAUCAGAAUACAUUGAUACCACAACCACUACCCACAGUCGACUUUCUCGGUGGACAACGAAUUAUCUCGAUGGACGACUACGUGUCUAGGAGGAAUGACCUGCGAGGAGACCACGAGCCACGACUAAACGUCUCUGUUGUGGGCUCCGGUCAACAAACCGCCGAGAUUCUGAACGAUCUGUUGUCAUGCCCACGUCUAGGCAACGUAACGAUAGUUACCGAGGACGAGUCGCUCGCUACAUUGAAACUGCUUGGCGAAAAAGAGCCACCGCAACCUCAACUCUGCUCGAUAUGGGCGAAGCCGGCAAGCGGUCACAAGGCAUCCGUUACCGACGCUUCGGCGCUUGUCCAGUCCAUCUACAUGCAUGCGUACGAGAAGCAGGUCCGGACGAAAGGCGAGUAUCGCCUGCGCGUUGUCAUCGGAAAGGACGCUGCAGCAGCAUGCUCAGGGUCCGACUAUAUCAUCAGGGAUACUGCUGCGAGCCCAGUACCAAGCAACGAGCUCCUCCAGCGCCUGGACACGCUCGUGCUGGGCUGCCGGCAGAAGGGAGAUAGCCUGCAUGAGGUGCAGUUCAAGCAAGGCGCCGUUGCAGAGGGUUGCCAGGCCUGGCUGCUGGCCAACGUCGCGGACGGGCGCUCAUUGGCGAAGGAUGUUAGUUUGAUGGCGGGCGAAAUAGUGAAACGCGUGUCGUCAGCGGCGGGUGAUGCACAGAAUGGA